AUGGUUACAAAGCUGGAACGGAGCUACAAAACCACCACUUCAUCCGUUGGGCCCGCGGAUACUGACACGACCACCGUGAGCAGCAUAAAGACAGAGAGUAGUACCGUGGGGAACCGAGCCGUCGCAAAUCCCAGCUGGGACCUUCAACGCAGCAAGUGGAUCGAAGAUGCCAGAAACCGAUUUGACAUGGACGUACAAAAUAUGCGAAAGAAUAUGUUUGCGCUGGAGGUAAGCAUUUUGGCUACUUUCUCGUAUACUUUAAAAACUGGGCAUGUGCUUGUCUCAUUUUUUCUACCUAUUAAACUGCAGUUUUUAUAA